AUGCUACUGUCUCUGAUAUUCCCUCUUGUAGUGCUGGGAGAAAAGUUCGAUGGAUAUGGACCCACGGCAUUCGACAUCUCUCUGAGCCCCGAGAUUCCUCUUGAGGAGCUUACGGGAUAUGGUACAAAGCAUGCCAAAGAGAGAAAGAACAAAGGAUUUGGAGAUUUGAGUCUGGUCGACUUCAACAUGGAGACAGAAGAUAGCUUUGACAGAAAUAAGCUGGUCGAGAUUGCUUGGAAUGUCUUGGACUCUUCCCACGGAACAAUCAUGACUAUGCAAUCAAUCAGGAAGGGAGAGAUCGAUGCUUUGUCAAUAAGGGCUCUUGGCCACUACGAGGUGCUGAACUCAUCAGAAGGCUCUUACAACGUCCAGGAGGCGCCGAUAACAUAUCUUCCAAUCGUCUUUGACACACUGGUUCUUGACCACAAGAAGAGUGGGUAUGUCCGAAAUCCAGAGAACAAUAAAAUCAUCUAUGCAAGCUGGGCAAUAUUCGAGCACAAGCGAACAAAGAGAUGGUUCACUGUGGUCAAUGUUGACAUGUACAGCGCAUACUCGGAGAAGACCGAUGUCCAAAUGGCAAAUAUUCUAGAGGAUAUGAAUCGGGAGCACACAGUGGACUCCAACCCGGUGUUCUUCAUGGGGCACAUCAAUGCAAUCUCGGACAGGCUUCAGAAGGUGAUUGAGGACAAGUACAUAAAUCCUUUGGAUGUAGACAGGAACGCAAAGGAAGGACCCAAGUUCACCAUGAAGAAUCUCCCAGAUAUUCUUGGCAAUUUCCAGAGGGACUUUGUGUUGGUUAGAGAUGCGUCAUCCAAGGUGGUGAGAGUCAACUAUGCAAGAAUACUAAGAAAGGGCCUUCCCACCCUCCACUAUCCCAUUCAUGCAAUAGUGUCGUUUGAGGCGGGGGACCAGCACCGUACACCCUCGGCUGCCUGA